GAGGACUUCUUGGCUACAGAUGAACUAUUUGUGGAAUACUUCAAUACCUUCCUGGCCUUACCAACUUUCCCGGUGCCUCUGUUCUUCAACAAGGACACCGGAGGGUUUGAGGUGGCCACCAAUGCCAAGAAGGAGUUGUCCAAAAAGAUUAAAGCAGCCAUCCGAUCUCAGAAACACACCAGUAAAAUCUACCGCGUCGUGAAAAAACACAGCUUCAUCGAUAUACCAUUAAUUCCUAUUGAGGAGCCAGAGGGGCCGGAGAAUGUGGAAAUCAACACGACCUUCACUGUCACCACCCUGAACAGGGAGCAGGGUAUCCACUGGGUGAAGGAAGUACGUCUACCAGCCUUCCUAGAGAGUGAUCUGUACCUGGAGUUCCGACUUGCCAAACUUAUAUCACAGUCCCAAAUCACGGGGGAGCAUGGCGAGUAUGUCCUCCAGAGGAUUGACUUCAUACCACGAGCACAGAAGGUGAAGAAGGAAGAAUUGGAAGAGAUCGUGAUCGACCCACGGGAACAGAUUAUCAAGGACAUGUAUGUGUGUGUAGGGAAUGCAUUACCAACUCAGACAGAGGCAUGGUUCACUAUGGCACAGGGAGCUACAGCCACCCAUACUACUUACUCCACACAGCCACGCCCUAACAGCGCUGCUGACAUUGUCAAACGGCCAAACAGUGCACGUCCAGUCAGUGCCUACAGUGCUAUAGACAGCUACAACUACUCCGAGAGUGGACUGGGUGUGUCUGUACGGGGUUCAGUGAAUAGUUCUAUGGGGAGGGGUUAUCAGCUGUCACAAAUGUCAGUAAACGAAGACGAGGAUGUUUAUUCUAGCAAACUUUUUGCAACAGACGGUAAGCCAAUGACACCCAGACCAUCUGAAAUGAUAUGUUGUAUGGCGGACGAACAAUCUAAAAAGUCACGGCCAUUUAGUGCUACAGUGUACAGCACACCUAAGUACGAGGCUGACGGUGAUAAUGAGUCAGGACUUGGCAUUGAAGAUGACAAGUUCGAUCUAGCCUCGGAAGGGUCUGGUCCACGAGACUCGUUUGGUGAAGAAGAGGUCCAGGACAGAGUUGCAGGUAGUACCAGUGAAGAGAGCGUUGUCUUUCGUGACAUGGACGAUCUUGGCGCAGCCCUGGUUGGAGCAGUACUGAAGCGUUCUAUAGCCUAUCUCACCAAUAGGGAGGAAACGGAAGUAGCAGAUGAUCCAAAUAUAAUCAAACAUCUACCACAGUCUUCUUGUAGACACCUGACCUUAGAUAUGUUUGAACGUGUGUCACUUGUAGAAGAUAAUGUUCCCCCUCCAGAAACAGCAGAGGAUAAAGAAGUUAAGGCAGUGACAGAAGGAAACAAAAACAAGGAUAAAAAGGAUGAAGACAGUGAUGCGGAUUCCCUCCUGGACAGCGACGAUGACUAUGAGGAGAGAGAUAUGUUCUUCCGUAGGAAGAAACACAAAACAUUUCGACUGACAGAUCGGAAGGGAAUUGAAGCUUUCAAAUUAUUUCUACAGGGGACAGCAGGGGAGAAAAACUGGCACAUGUGGUUAGACAUUGAUCGUAUCCAGUUCUUAACAAAGGGCAAGAGUGGACAGGUGUUGGCUGCCUCCAUCAGCAGUUAUCUGAACGAGAUGAGGGAACUUUAUCAUCGGCCAGGUGCUGUGUAUGAAUUAACUGUGGAACAGAAGAAGAACCUCGGGCUGUCUGAACCAGCCUCAUGGACUCUGGCAAAACUCCAGCUAGUUCACAACAAAAUAGCAGAACCCCUGAUUCUGUACUGGGCUCCACGAUUUCUCCUGAAGCAGAGCCUGAAUACUGACCCGGCCAAGAAUGAAUUGUAUCACAAUAUGUCCCAACUACGCCUGAAUUAUGAAGGCGUGCACCCUGACCCUCCCACUACAAAGUUACUGCCCCUCCGGCCAAAGUCCUGUGUGACUAAGAUAGCGACGCCCCCUCUGCCCAACCCUGUGCCCAGUGUACCGCUGACAUCCCCGCCAGUGGGAUACAAGCGUGUAUAUGCCCAGAAUGUGUUGUCUGCAGCAGGAAAGGAGAAAAAGAAAGAACUUAUUACACCCAGACUACAGACCCCGAAACAAAGUUCUCCUGUCAAAAGGUCCUCCAUCGGAAGUGCUGGUUCUUCUCGCCCAUCAUCAGCUGUUCGCCAGUCUCGCCUUUCAUCUGCCAGACCUGCAUCCGCCCUACCUCCCACGCCAUCCUCCUCUGCCAGACCUGCAUCCGCCCUACCUCCCCAGCCAUCCGCCUCUGCCAGACCAGUGUCUGCACGACCUGCUGCUAAUUCUAAGCCAACCUUGAACCGACAAAUGUCACGGGCGCGCCCCUCCUCUGCAGGUUCCACCCCCAGUACGUCUCUGGGGCAGGUGGAUCACAAGGAAGUGGAGUCACUCCUCCAGACCCUUCACCAUGAGAGAGUUGCUGGUGGCUUCUUCAGGAAAUACGUUGAGAGAGCACAGAAGAGAAAAUGGAUCAAUUGCCUGAACUUUUGGACUGACUUACAGGAUUUUCACCUCAUGUUUUACGCUGAUUCCAUCGACCCAGUAACUGUUACCAGAAAGGCUAAGACGAUAUAUUCACACUACAUUGUGGUCGGGUCUCAAAGAAAUAUUGGGUGUAGUCCUGCAAUAUUCCGUGAGGUGUACCGCUGUUUGGAGCCUGCUUUCGAGGACUUGUUUGACGAAGCAGAGGAGAUGGCCUUGUCGGUGCUUCUCGUCCCUUGGGUCCAAAUGAUCAGUUCUGAUAUGAAAACAUACAGCAAGGUGGAGCUAAUUGAGGUGAAGAAACACCUGGAGACAAAGUCUAAGUAUGUCCUCACCUUACAGAAGAAAGGACUCAUAAAAGAGAGAGUGAUUACACCUGACAACCCUAUGGAUGGAUAUGAGGACCCAGUGUACGACGAAAACCUAAUUAAUAACAUUCCAGAUGAAUUUAAGGAGCAAUCUUUGGAUAAAUUGGUCCAUAAUCGCAUAGAACUCGAACACUUCCGUAACUUCCUGAACGAGAACUAUGCCAGUAUGGAUCUGCUGUGCUGGAUGGAGAUAGAACAGUUCCGGCGAUUGCCACAGAAUGACGAACGAAAACGGGAUGAUAAAGCAAGAGAAUUGAAAAAUAAAUUUUUGAACAAAAAAUAUUUCUUUGGUCCAAACAGCCCUGCUGGGAAAGCAGCUCAGGAUAAGAUAAUGGCUGAUGCUGGUGGCUGGGGUAAACUGUUAAAUGAACGUCCUCCAAACUCUGUCCUGUUGGAGGCUCAGAAGUAUGUCAGGGAGAGGCUGGAAAAAAAAUGGCUGCCAUUAUUCCUAGUCACCCCUGCGUUUGCCGAUCGCCAGAAACCCAAUGCAGGCAUGGACGAUGUGGUUGAUGAUGUAAUGGUUCAGAAGAGGAAGAAAAGUCAAGCUGUGCUCAAGCUGUUGGAGAGUAGAUGGAUAUCCUCGUCCAAGGAGAUCAUCACUUUCCGUAGCGCCCUCCUUAACCCCAUCACCGCCCUACAGUUUCGUCGCUAUGUGUCCAUCAAGGGCGACACACUGGAGAACGAUGUGCUAUUCUGGCUCGAGGUCCAACGCUUCAAGGAUGUCAACCAUGCUCACAGUGAUGAAGCCUACAUCCUGGGGAAAAUCAACGCCAUUAUCAACUGUUUCAUUGACUCGCCGAUCCCUCCGAGUCUCCAGAUAGAUAUCACAGGAGAUAUGGCGGAGCGAAUAUUAGAACACAAGUAUGAGAGGAAUCCUUACCUGUUUAGGGAGUCACAGUGUGCUGUUUUCCGAACACUCUUCCAACACUGGAAUGACUUCUGUGAGUUCAGGUCUAACUUGGCUGAUGAUAAGGUUCUGACGACAAUAGAAAGGCGACGACGACAUGCUAAGCUGAAGGAGAGACAAAGACAGAGAAUGGAGGACGAGAAAGCACUCAAGGAGGCAGAACGACGGGCGGCUCUAGGCCUUGCCCCCGGGGACGACUUAGAGGCUUACCAUGACCCAUUUGCCCACCAGCAGGGCGAGGGUAGCGAGGGUGGGGAGGAGGAGGAGGAGGUGGGCACCAAGGAUAAGAUUUCCUGGUCCUAUUCUAAUUACAUGAAUGCCUUACAUAAAGAGGACGUUCUCAACAACACGGACGAGUCAACGUUCAGCUCUCUCAUGUCUGACUCGGCCUCUCAGAAAGGCAGUGAUAUUGGAGAGAAGGCCUCCGUGAUGAGUAAGCCGUCGGACACCAUCAACACCACCAACAGUAGUGCGGGCAAAAAGGAGACAAAGUCCGAGCACUCACAGGCGGACAAAUCAGACCGAAGGAAAUCUGUUAAAAUCAAUGUCCCAGACAAGCAGACAAGGAAAUGUGAGAGUCCCCCAAAAGAUGAAGUAAAAGGAAAGAAGAAACCAGAUCCAGUGAUGAGGCGACCAAGUGGUGACGUGACAAAAAUGGCCCCACUAAAGGAGGAAGUAGAGGAGGAUGGUAAACGGUCGCCUAGUAAUAAAAAGGUCAAGGGCAAAGGUCAGCCCCUCCUACAGAAAAGUUGAUCACAUCACUGUGAGGAUGAGUCUCCAUGACAACUCCAUGCUGACAACAUGGCAGCAACACAUUUUAUAACAUCAACAAUGAGGAUCUGUGCUUUUAAUUUAAUAUCCAGUUUUCCAGAACUAAUAGCAAGACAAAGAAGGGUAUCUUCCGAUAGCUAUGAUAACCAGUGCUGAUAUGUGACUGAACAAGUCAAUGUUCAAAACGUAUUCAGGAUGGUUAUAGACGUAAACAAUGAUUUAUACCAUUGUUGCUAAGUGUUAAAUAACAGAGAAAAGCAAUAUGUGGAACAAUUCCGUAUGAAAUUUAAGAGUAAAGACAGAUAUCUUAGAAUAUUAUAGUAAAUUAAUCAUCAUCCCUGCAUGAUUUUGUAUUCCGUCCAGAGCUCAAAACUUUGUAAGUACGUGCCAAAGACACGGUUUUUAGUUUUCUUGUGUUUAUUGUGAGAAACAGGAUCUCAAACUUGUGAUUACAUGUUGCUCACAAUGCGCUUUUAGUUUCAAAAAUCAUUUUUUACCUGAUGAAUUUUUGCUAACUUAAAAUAUCGUUAUACUGAAUCAACCAAUUAUAAUUUUAGUCACUUUUUCUUACAUUAACUAGUCCAAAUUAAUUAGUUCAUCAUGCAUAUAAUUUAUUUAUUUAUUGUGAUUGCAAAUUUGUGAUAUUUUUUAUUUACAUGUAUACUAACCGUUUGCAUUUUUCCCUGUGUAAAAACCUUGUUGUUAUGAUGAUGAUGAUGAUGAUGAUGAUGAUGAUGAUAUUUUUAGAGUGUAAACAAUUAAUAUGAAUGAAUCUUGGAGUUUUUAAACCACAGGACAUCAAAGUUUUGUUUCUUUCAUAUUUGCUUUAACAUUAACGAUAGUAAUAUGAAGUAAACUUUCUUCUCUCUUCAUUUUAAUACUGAUAACAUAACGAGUAACGUCCUGAUUUGGAAUUUAAUACAAACUUUAAAUAAAAAUAAAAUCAAAGAUCUGAUUUGUUAGUCUGUGUUAUAAUUUAACUUGAAUUAUUUUGACAUUUUUAAUUUUCUUAAAUGUGAUGUUUAAAAUAAUAAAUCGUAUGACAAUAGACAGGUGUAAAUGACACCUAUUGUUAGAGUGCCUUAUGUGAUAAUGAGAUAAUCUGUUAAAUCAUAUAUAGAUAGAUACCUAAUAUUUACAUAAUAUAAAUGUACAUAUAAUUAGAUAUCUAAAUAAUAGGAUGUCUCCUUAAUAGUUAUGCUAUAUUCAUCUUAAACUUACACUACAAUAUGUAGUUAUUUUAUAUUAUAUAUGCCUGUUAAUAUAUAAACUAUUUAGUUUCAUAUCUUGUUUUGAUUUUUAUCCAAAGCAGAGGCUGUGAUUUUGGUAACUUUUAUUCCAAUUCUGCAUGUUGUGGUGUUUUAGUUAUUUUGUAAAACUGCAAAACACUGGGAUGGAUAGCAAAACAAAUUGUAGCUAUACAGUUGUUUAAAGGCAAUAUACAUUGUAUAUAAACAUUACCUAUGCAUUCUUUGUAAUUUUUGUCGCCAUGUAUUUACCUUUAUUUUUUCAAAGUAUGUUUAAUCCAUGCCUGAAACCGAUUUCAUGUGAAUUUGAAUUUAUUUGAAUUGUUUCAUUUUAAUUUCGAUGAAUAGUUUAAGUUUAAUUAAGAUGAAUUGUUAGCUGCAUUAAGUUAAUUAACUGAUUAAGUUUAACAGGUUGAGUUAAGUUAAGAUAAAUUGCUGAAGUUGAAAAAAAAUGACGGCUGAUAGUAAAUGAGGAUGUUUUAUAAACAUACAACUCAGUAAUGUACCAAGGUGCUUCAGAUAUAAUCCAUAUUGAUAGCCUUUAAGCAUCUUGUAUUUGUUUUAAAGCCGGUGUAUCUAACAAAAUUCCAGUAGUUAGAAUAAGGAACAGGGCCUUUUUACAACAGGUCAUUUCCUUGAUCAUCUUUACAGAAAAAAAGUCCCUGAUCUUUUUGAAAUAUGCUAAAAAUAACAACUAAUGUCCACUCUUAUCAUUAUGUUAUCGACAUGAUAUAUAUAUAAAUGUGUUAACUCUGGUUCUAAAACACUUCUGUAAUGUCCAGCUUCUUGAUAACAAAAAUAGCAUCUUUCACUCUUUCUUCUGAUAUUUUGAAGAAAACAUCCAACAGUACCAUUCAAAUAAAUUUUCUGCCGAAAUACCAUGAAA